AUGUCGUCCUCUCAGGCUCGGCAAUCGCCAUACACUGGCUCAACGAUGCAAGAUUUACCCAAGUCUUGGAGGUUUACUGAGGCCCUUCCACAUGACCCCAAAUUCCCAACACCAGCAGACUCUCACAAGACACCACGCGACGAGAUCACGCCUCGCCAUGUCCAAAAAGCGCUCUUUACUUGGGUUCGGCCCGAGACUCAGGAAGAACCAGAGCUCCUAGCCACGAGCGCUGCGUCACUUAGAGACCUUGGUAUUAAAGCUGGAGAAGAGAAAACAGAGGACUUUCGCCAAUUUGUCGCCGGUAACAAACUCUAUGGCUGGGACGAGGACAAGUUGGAAGGGGGCUACCCAUGGGCGCAAUGCUACGGUGGCUACCAGUUUGGUCAAUGGGCUGGGCAACUUGGUGAUGGCCGAGCAAUCUCUCUCUUUGAAACGACUAACAAGGAGACUGGAAUUCGCUAUGAGCUUCAGUUGAAGGGCGCCGGUAUGACGCCUUAUUCCCGUUUUGCUGAUGGCAAGGCUGUUUUGCGCUCCAGCAUUCGCGAGUUUGUUGUCUCUGAAGCUCUGAAUGCGUUGGGAAUCAAAACCACGCGCGCGCUUUCCUUGACGCUGCUACCAAAGUCCAAAGUUUUCAGGGAGGGUCUAGAGCCAGGUGCCAUAGUGCUGAGAUAUGCUCAGUCUUGGUUGCGUCUAGGCACGUUUGAUCUGCUUCGCGCACGAGGAGACCGACAGCUUAUCCGAGAGCUUUCCACCUAUGUUGCUGAGGACGUAUUUGAUGGAUGGGACAAGCUUCCUGGCAGGUUAGAGGCUCCAGAAUCUGAUCAAUAUGUUGAAGAACCACGACGUGGAGUAGCAGCAGAUGCGCUCGAAGGGCCUGUUGAAACAGUCGAAAACAGAUUUACUCGCCUUUAUCGCGAAAUUGUGAGAAGAAAUGCAGCUACGGUCGCGCAUUGGCAGGCAUACGGGUUUAUGAAUGGAGUCUUGAACACUGACAAUACCUCCAUUUAUGGUCUCUCUAUGGAUUAUGGCCCAUUCGCAUUCAUGGAUAAUUUCGAUCCCUCAUAUACACCAAACCAUGAUGAUGGCAUGCUUCGAUAUGCGUACAGAAAUCAGCCAACUAUCAUCUGGUGGAACUUGGUUCGUCUUGGCGAAGCAUUGGGAGAGAUGAUGGGAGCCGGCUCUGCCGUAGAUAGCAAAAGUUAUAUUGAAGAUGGUGUACAGAAGGAUGAGGAGGCUGAGAUUAUCUCAAGAGCCGAGACUCUCAUCACACAGGCUGGCAAUGAGUUCAAGGCAACCUUUUUGGGGGAGUAUAAGAAACUCAUGACAGCAAGACUUGGACUUGUUACAUUCAAAGAGUCUGACUUUGAAGAGCUUUGCAGCGAAGCCCUGGACGCCAUGGAGAGCCUAGAGCUAGACUUCAACCACUUCUUUCGCAGAUUAAGCGCUGUCAAAGUGGCCGACAUCACCACUUUGGAAGGACGAAAGGAUGCGGCAAAGGUCUUCUUCCACAAUAGCAAAACGCCGACCCAGGAUGGUAUAUCACGUAUCGCUGACUGGCUGGAGAAGUGGCGCCUCCGAAUCAUCGAAGAUCAUAGCUCCGAUAGUCAGGAUGGUGCACGAAUCCAGGCUAUGAAGAAGGUGAAUCCCAACUUUGUUGCACGCGGAUGGAUCCUGGAUGAGAUCAUUCGCCGGGUGGAAAAGGAAGACGACAGGGAGGUUUUAGACCGUCUGAUGCACAUGGCACUUCAUCCUUUCGAAGACGAAUGGACUGGCCAGCAAUUCAAUGGCGAAGUAUGGCAGGGAGACGCAGCUGAGGAGCAGCGCUGGGUAGGCGAUGUUCCCAAAGCCGGCCAGUCUCUUCAGUGCAGUUGCAGUUCGUAA